AAAUUCACACAAAAUGUUUCUUUAAUUAAAAGAAAAUUCUAAAUUUUGAACAAAAACAUUGCGUGUUUAUAAAAUUUAGUGGAAAUCGCAUAUAUAUAUAUAAAAAAAUAAAUUUUUUUGUUGUUGGCUUAAGCGGUCUCCCUAGGCUGCCAUACCUCCAUUAAUAGUUGUUGUCUUUAAGCAGUGAGUUUAAGGGGAGCAAGCGUCGUCGUCGUCGUCCUGUUGUUGAAAAGUAAUAGUAAUUUUUUUUCGGGGUGUGCCACGCCAAAAGAAAAAGUUUUUUUUUGAAACUUUUUAACUAAAACGAAAAAAUAAAGAAAAUAAUUUUUUAAAAACAUAAUAAAAAUUGAAAAAAGUGAAAAAAAAAACAAAAAUUAUAUAAAUUUAUUAGUUAAAACCAGAAAAAUAAAUUCAAAGUGUUUUUAAGUAUUAAGGAUUAAAAAAAAAAUAUUCUCGAAUUUACGUCAUUUCUUUAGCUUAUUGUUGCUCAAAUAAGAAACAAAUAAGAAAAAAAGAAAAACCAAAAAACCUAAAUAUAUAUUCUUAUUGGAUCGUUUUUAACAUAAACUACGACAUUAAAACACUACUCAAAACCCCAAAAAUGUUGAGGAUUUUAUCUUUAGGCUUAAUGGCUUUAAUGGCCAUUAGUGCGACACAAGUUCAGGCCGCCUCACCACGCUGGGAGCCACAAAUUGCAGUAUUAUGUGAAGCCGGUCAAGUUUAUCAACCACAAUAUCUUUCCGAAGAGGGACGCUGGGUUACAGAUUUGAAUAAGAAAUCAACGGGUGCAACUUGUCUGCGUGAUAAACUUGAUUUGUUGGAUUAUUGUAAAAAGGCAUAUCCCAACAGAGAUAUUACCAAUAUAGUGGAAUCAUCACACUAUCAGAAAAUAGGUGGCUGGUGUCGUCAGGGUGCAUUGAAUGCUAAUAAAUGUAAGGGUGCUCAUCGUUGGAUUAAACCAUUCCGUUGCUUGGAAGGACCAUUCCAAUCGGAUGCUUUAUUAGUACCCGAAGGUUGUCUAUUCGAUCAUAUACACAAUGCUUCACGUUGCUGGCCAUUCGUUAGGUGGAAUCAGACUGGUGCUGCUGCUUGUCAAGAGCGUGGCAUGCAAAUGCGUAGUUUUGCCAUGUUGUUGCCAUGUGGCAUUUCCUUAUUUUCGGGUGUUGAAUUUGUAUGCUGUCCAAAACAUUUUAAAACCGAUGAAAUACGCGUUAAGAAAACCGAUUUACCCGUUUUGCCACCAGCUGAAAUCACCAAUCCCAUCAAUGAUGAUUUAGAUGAUAUCAGCAGUGAAGAUAAUGAUUCCAACUACUCCAAAGACACCGGUGAUGAUAUGGAGGAUAAUGAUGAUGAUGAAGACGAUUUAUUAGCCGACGAUGAAGAAGAUGAAAUGGCUGCUGAUGAAGCGGCUGCCACCGGAGAUGAUGCUAAUGCUGAAUAUGAUUCUGUAGAGGAUAAUUAUGAAGAAGAUACUGCUGAUAAUUAUGAUCAACAGGGUAGCUCUAGUGGUGCUAAACCAACGGCAACAAAGAAGGAAGAACAAAAAUCUUUGGGUGCAGAGAUUAAUAGCAAAUCAAAUGGUGAUUUGCCUAUGCCACCCACUACCGGACAACCCACACCUGAUCCUUACUUUACACACUUCGAUCCCCAUUAUGAACACCAGAGCUACAAAGUAAGUCAAAAAGAAGCCCAACAGCGCCUCGAGGAAUCGCAUCGUGAAAAGGUAACACGUGUCAUGAAGGACUGGUCCGAUUUGGAGGAAAAAUAUCAAGAUAUGCGUUUGGCUGAUCCUAAGGCUGCACAAAGUUUUAAACAAAGAAUGACUGCACGUUUCCAGACUUCUGUUCAGGCACUCGAAGAGGAAGGUAAUGCGGAAAAACACCAAUUGGCAGCCAUGCAUCAGCAACGUGUUUUGGCACACAUAAAUCAACGUAAACGUGAGGCGAUGACAUGCUACACACAGGCCCUAACAGAGCAACCACCAAAUGCUCAUCAUGUGGAGAAAUGUUUACAAAAAUUAUUGCGUGCUUUACACAAGGAUCGUGCUCAUGCUUUGGCUCAUUAUCGUCAUCUCUUGAAUUCCGGUGGUGCUGGCGGUUUGGAGGCUGCCGCCUCAGAACGUCCUCGCACUUUGGAACGUUUGAUUGAUAUUGAUCGUGCUGUUAAUCAGUCCAUGACCAUGCUUAAACGUUAUCCUGAAUUGUCCAAUAAGAUUUCUCAACUCAUGAAUGAUUACAUUUUGGCUUUGCGCAGCAAAGAUGAUAUUCCCGGUUCUUCUUUGGGCAUGAGUGAAGAAGCUGAGGCUGCCAUUUUAGAUAAAUAUCGUGUAGAAAUUGAACGCAAAGUGGCUGAAAAGGAACGUUUACGUUUGGCUGAGAAACAACGCAAAGAACAAAGAGCUGCUGAACGCGAGAAAUUGCGUGAGGAAAAAUUGCGUUUGGAGGCCAAGAAGGUAGACGAUAUGGUUAAAGCCGAACAAGAUUCAGGAGCCUUUACCAGUGAGGAAUCUAAAACCAGCAAAGAUGAGACCGUAGUAGAUCCCACAAAAAUUUCGCACAGUGACAAAGAUCUGGCAGCAGAGGAAUAUUUGGAGGCUACCUUAAGCACUAAAACCCAAACCAUCCUGCCCACCGUGGAUGACGAGGCUGUUCAGCGUGCUGUAGAGGAUGUAGCCGCUGCCGUAGCCCAUCAAGAGGCCGAACCUGCUGUCCAACAUUUCAUGUCCCAUGAUUUGGGUCAUCGCGAAUCGAGCUUCUCUCUACGCAGAGAAUUCUCUCAUUCACCGGCGCAUGCGAAUAAGGAGGGUCGCAAUGUCUAUUUCACUUUAUCCUUUGCCGGCAUUGCCUUAAUGGCGGCCAUAUUUGUGGGCAUUGCUGUGGCCAAGUGGAGAACAGCUCGUUCGCCACAUGCGCAAGGUUUUAUUGAAGUUGAUCAGGUGAGCAAAAACAAGAAAAAAAUUCGAGGGAGUUUUAUAAAAUGAACUGUAGCUUCGACUAAA